AGAGAGGGCAAGGCCCACCUUUUAAAGGGGAGCGUAGUGAAUGUGCACAGGAGGUGCUCUUAGUGGCUGUGGUGGCUGUCAGGACCCCAAUAACAGGCCAGUACAGAUGCCCGAGUCCUAGCAGGAACUUCGGAGCUCUCUCUCACGCUGUUUCUCUAGAUUGAACUGAGGUUACUGGGCUUGUCUGCUGAGCACGUCUUAGCCUGAGGGUUAAGAGACAGCGAGAAGCUCAGAAGAAACGGCUCAUCCCAGAAGCACAGGUGUGGGCUCCUCAAAGAAGCAAGACACAGGCAAGUGUGGGUGUGUGUGGUGAUGGUUUGUAAUCUAACAAACAAAGCUUGCCUGAAGAUCAGAGUGCAGAGCUAAACCACUAGUUAACCAAAGAGACCAGGCAGUGGUGGCACACGCCUUAAUCAGGAGUCAGAGGCAGAAGGAUCUCCACUAGUUCAAGGCCACCCUGGGCUAAAUGAAAUUGAUCCAAUCUAAAAGAGAAACAGGGCUCACACAAAGGUGAUCCCAGUACUUGGGGUGUCGCGCCUUUAAUCCCACUAGGGAGGUGGAGACAGGAGUGAUGUGGCCAGGCAGAGAGAGGAGUAUAAGGGAGGAGACUGAAGCUCAACCCAUUCAGUCUGAGCAUUUGUAGAGACAGGAUCUUGCUCCUUUGAUCUGAGGAUUCGGUAGAGGUAAAAGGUCUCUCUAGUGCCUGACUCCUUUACUUCUCUGAUAAUAAAUCUUUCAUCAUUUAUUCCAAUAUCUGACUCAAGGUUCUUAUUAUUAAGACCAUUUAGAGUUCACACUAGAGAUUUGGGAGUCUCUCAUGGGGCUUGUCCCCUGUUAUUCCUUUCGAUGCUAACAGGUAGGUUUUGAGGCUGGCCAAGGAGCCUGAAAUCCGAGAUGACAGGGAGCUUUCAGAGGGUCCCUGAUAGGAUUACUGCCAGUAAGACAGGGAUGGAAAGUUAGUAGCUGUGCUGUGUGUGCGCAUGUGUGUGUGUGUGGUGAUGCUCUGUGCAAAGGCACACACAUUCGAUGUUAGCACCCAGUGUCUGCGAAGGAGCGGCUUUUUAUCUGUGUGUCCACAGCAAAUGUAGACCCUGGUGAGGGGCUCCAGAAUGGGGGUGCUGGCUCCUUUCAUUUCCCGUGUCCUAAUUUUGUUUCUCUAUCUUGCCUCAACUGUCACCUUUUUUAACAUAGUACAGUGCUUUUCUUCUGCCAAUUUUUAGCCAGGGAUGGUGGUACAAGCCUUUGGACACAGAAACAAGAUGCAACCUGCACUACAGACUAGUCAAAUUAAAAGGAACUUAAUUUUAAACGUUUUCUCAAAAUCCUAUUUCUUUGCUCUGAAUCGAAGGUGAGGUACACCUGAUUUAUCCCAUGAUUAGUUACUGUGGUAGUUCAGUUUCUCUCAUUUUUUUUUUCAGUCAGAGUCUUCUUGUUAUAUCGUUAUGCUGAGCUUGAACUCAAUGUCAUCGAUUCUGUUGCUUCAGUCUCUGGAUUUCUGGGAUUACAGGCAUGAACUGUCAAGUCCAGUCUUUACCUAGAAUUUUGUAAACUUGUUAUCAAUCCGAUAUAGGUCCACAUGUAGCCUUGGCUAGCCUCAAAUUCGAUUACGCAGCAAAGGAUGACCUUAAACUUCUGACCUUCGUGUCUCCCACGUCCCAGGAGAGAGGAGUAUUAAUACGGGCCACCAAGUUCCGCUUUGAUAAAAAUUGUACACCAAAUUGAUCGGGCGUGGCCUUUCUUGGGUCGGGCUCUGGCGCCCCCUGCUGCCCAUUAUGACGCGGGCCACAGGGCCGCUCAGGCGGCGGAGGUCCGGGCGGAGGUCCGGGCAGAGUGCUGGAGCUAUGAUUGAGCCGCUGGAGCAGUUGCUGCAGCUGCAGAAGGACAACCGCGACGGCCGCCUGCGGAAGCAGGAGCUGGAGGAGCUGGUGCGUGGGCUGGAAGCCGAAAGCGAGAGCCUCACCGGGCGUCUGGACGAGCUGCGCGAGCGCGAGCGCAGCCUGCAGCGGAGACGAAGUCAAGCGUCGCGGGCGAUUCGAGGGGAGGCGCGUGAGGCGGCACGGGAGCGCGCGGAGCAGGCUCGUGGGCUACUGGAGGCCGCGGAGCAGCACCGGCUGGACCUGGAGCAACACAAUCGGAAGCUGCAGGAAGAGUGGGAGGAGCUGUCCAGCCAGCUUUUCUACUAUGGAGGAGAAGAGUUGAGCCAACAGCGAGCAGAGCAGCGACUGGGAACUCAACUUGCGGCACUGCAGAAACAUCUGGAGCUGGCGGAGGCCAAAUUCACCAUGCAGGCAGAGGACCUGCGACAGGGCGCGCAGCGUACGGAAGAGGCCUGGGCCAGCUUCCAGGAGCAGAGCGGAGUCCUGCAGGAGCUGCAGGGGAAGGUGAUGGAGGCCGCGGCUGCGCUGGAGGCUACGCGUGGUGGCGCGGAACCGUGGAACUCGCAGCCUCGUCGGGUGCAGGACUGCGCGGGCUCACUCAUGGAGGAGGUGGCCAGGGCUGACUGUGAAAAUCGGCUGUUUGGCGGUGCGGGCGCGGGGAGCAUCAGGUUGUGGGCGCUCAGCGCACUGCAGACGCUGCUGCUGCUCCCACUGGGCUUCCUGGCGCUGCCGCUGCUCUACGUGGCGCUGGGGAAGCCCGACACCGUCGGCCAGGGGCUCCCGAGUAGUCUUGGCUCGGACACAGUCUUCCGUAGGCUGCGCUACACGCUGUCGCCUUUGCUUGAAUUGCGCGCGCAAGGACUGCUGCCUGCUUAGAGCACAUCAUGCCGGCUUCUGCCACCUCUGUCUCUUUUGUGGUUUUUGGGGUGCCUACCUGUGUGAAAAGGGCGGGGUGGAGCUUGUGUGUUCCUGUGGGCCCAGAGACCCCCUUGUCACCUGGAUUCAGGGGUACUGUCCAACAGCUGGGCUGCUUGGUGCCCGGACUGUCCUCCAGCCCGACCCCCUAGCGAGUCGUUUGCUACUGUGAGUACUGGCCUGUCAAGUUCCCUCCGUGGUGUGUGGAUUAUUUUCCCCGGAAUUACUCCAAAUUCCCUGCAACAUUGGGUGGAGUUCGCCAAACCCAAACUUCCUCACAGCAUCUGAGCACACCGAUAGUGGGCUUCGUGAGGAACGUGCUAGUGUAUACGAGGAAUGUCUGCUCAGUGGAAAUCAGUAUGGGUUGAAUUUUGAUCCUGCACAUCAUAUAAGCUCUAGACUACUUAUUUGGUGGGGCGGGGGUCUCAUGCUGUUCCAUGUAGCUGAGUGAUCUUGAACUACUGAUCAUCUUACCUCUGGCUCCUGAGUGUUUGGAUUGCAGACAUGAGCCACCAGGUGUGGUUUAUUCUGUUCUGGGGAUCGAACUAAGCAUUUGUGAAUGCUGAACUAUAACCACGCCAUUUAAACAAU